UAAAUCAUUUCAUAUAAAUACUGUCAAAUUUUGUCAAACUUUAGUUUCAUUAUAUAAUUUUAAAAUACACUUUUAAAUUUUUGUUCAAAUCACACGAUGGAUUCAAAUUCCGAAUUGAAAACAGUAGCACAAGAUGCGAGAUAUCACAACUGUAAUUGUACAAAUUGGUGUAUGGAUGCUUUUGUCGAUUACCAUAAAUGUACAAGGCUACUAGGAAAAGGAAAUGUCUCUUGCGAACAGUUUAGUAAAAUCUACCGAACAAUCUGUCCUAACGAUUGGGUGAAAAGAUGGGAAGAUCAGAUAGAGAAUGGUACGUUUCCAUGCGAUCUGCCACCCAAAGAUCGCAAGAAGAAAUAAACUGAAAUAAUUAUCAUGUACUUUUUUUGACAAUCUGUGAAUAAAUUAUGUACGCACAAAA